GCCGUCUCCGCCCGUCGCUGGCUCCGCGGCCGCCGGCUCCGACCAAGCGGAGGGCGGAGGGGAGGGGCAGGCGGCGCCCAGGAGGGAGGCACGGGCCGCAGGCCAAGCGGACCGGGGUGCCCUGACACUCCGAUAUGUGAGGAAAAGUGGGAAAUGGAAGCCCUAGAACCCAGACUCCAGUAGGCCUGGAAACAUCCUGGAGCUAGGAGAAACCUGGUUAGGGCUGACACCCUUAACUGUCCAGGUGCUGACUCUGAGAGAGUGAACAUCUUAGGAAAUGCAGUGUCACAAUUUGGGUUUGCAGCAAAAAUGCUCUCAGAACAGACAGCAGUCCUGGGGACAGGAUGGGAGUCAAUGAAUGUCCAGCUGGAUGGAGCAGAGCCUCAGGUGGAAAGGGGAAGCCAAGAAGAGGGGCCAUGGAGAAUAGCACCAGGGUCACUGGAACACCUGUGCUGUGACCUUGAAGAGGAACCACAGUCCCUUCAGGAGAAGGCUCAGUCAGCUCCCUGGGUUCCUGCCAUUCCCCAGGAGGGGAGCACCGGAGAUUGGGAGAUGGCAGCUGCACUUCUUGCGGCAGGAUCACAGGGCCUGGUAACCAUCAAGGAUGUGUCAUUGUGCUUCUCUCAGGAGGAAUGGCGGAGCCUGGACCCUUCUCAGACAGACUUUUAUGGAGAAUAUGUCAUGCAAGAAAACUGUGGCAUAGUGGUCUCUCUAAGAUUUCCAAUUCCCAAACUGGACAUGCUUUCUCAACUAGAAGGAGGGGAAGAACAAUGGGUCCCUGACCCCCAGGACUUGGAGGAGAGGGACAUCCUGAGGGUCACAUACACAGGAGAUGGAAGUGAGCAUGAGGGCGAUACCCCUGAACUAGAAGCAGAACCUCCCCGAAUGUUAUCUAGUGUGUCUGAAGAUACUGUUCUCUGGAACCCAGAACAGGAUGAGAGCUGGGAUUCCAUGCCCAGGAGCUCCAGAGGAAUGCUCCUGGGCCCACCUUUUCUUCAGGAAGAUAGCUUCUCAAACCUUCUAUGUAGCACAGAGAUGGAUUCCCUUUUAAGACCGCACACAUGCCCCCAGUGUGGGAAACAGUUUGUGUGGGGCUCCCACCUUGCCAGGCACCAGCAAACACACACUGGGGAGCGGCCCUACAGCUGCCUCAAGUGUGAAAAGAGCUUCGGGAGAAGACACCACCUGAUCCGGCACCAGAAAACCCACCUACAUGACAAGCCCAGCAGGUGCUCAGAGUGUGGCAAGAAUUUCCGAUGCAACUCCCAUCUGGCCAGCCACCAGAGAGUGCAUACGGAAGGCAAAUCCUGCAAGGGUCAAGAGGUUGGAGAGAGCCCAGGGGCUAGGAAACGGCAGCGUGCCCCACCAGUGCCAAAGUGCCAUGUGUGCACUGAGUGUGGGAAGAGCUUUGGCCGACGGCACCACCUGGUGAGACACUGGCUGACCCAUACUGGGGAGAAGCCCUUCCAGUGCCCUCGCUGUGAAAAGAGCUUUGGCCGUAAACAUCACCUGGACAGGCACCUGCUGACCCACCAGGGACAGAGUCCCCGGAGCAGCUGGGACAGAGGGACAUCUGUCUUUUGAAAUCUGUUUCUGCUGCAGCUAUGGUCACAUCUAUCAGCAACUGGUGCUACCAGGAGUCUCUGCCAGAACGGCCCCUCUCCUGCACCCCAGUGGCCAGAAUUUUGAACCCUGGCUCCAUCCCUAGAAAGAGGAGGUUCUAACAUUGGCCAGACAUUUCUCACCAGUUCUGUGAGAUAUCACAUAAAAUGGAGUUCUUUGUGCAAAACUUUUAGGAAACAGUGCUUACUGCAUGGGCUGAUAUUCAGCCCUAGCCCAUUAUCAAGGGUACCACUUGAGAAUCAGCACUUUAUUGCUAUGGUCCAUUCUAAGUGGUUGGAACCUAUGCCAUACCAGUUAAAUAUUUGAGUAACACCUUUGUGUACUGUAACUAUUCUAUCCUCUCUGUAUAUAGAGAGGAAGACCAUAUUAGUAUAUUGAAGGCUCUAAGAACUUACAUGUACAGAGAAUUGUUAAACACUUCUAAUGCAGUGUUUCCUAAAUGUGUUUGACCUCAGCGUCCUUUCUAUCUCACAUCCCACAGAACUGGUGACUCCACAAAACACACUGGUGAACACUGGGUUAGAGAGUAAUGAGGAAACAGGAAAGAUAGAGUGAGCCCCAGAGCCCCCCCCCUUUUUUUUAUCCAAAUGAAAGCUGAGGGGCAGACCUCAUUCCUGUGUGGGUCCAUCACACUUACCCUGAUCAUCCAAAUAUACAUCCACACCUCUUACUAACCCCUACUGAAAAAUAGAAAUAAGAACCUUUUCAUCCUCUUUUUCCAACUCCCUUCAUCCUCCUCAUACAUAUAUCUAGCUAAGAGAUCACACUACAAUGCUAAGAGAUGAAUUUAUAACCCCCAAGGAACCCAGGCCCACACAGAAGAAAAAAACUUUAUCCCCUUGAACAGACCCCUCUCCUCUUGACUGUGUCUUUUUGUGUCUAUGUGUAUCUGUGUGCAGGGUCGUUGAAGAGAGCAUGCAAAGUGUACAAGCUAGAUUUUCUAGGGGCUGUUUUCUGGGGAUGAGGGUAGUAGGGAUUGUAUGGGAUUUUUGUUUUGUUUCAAGAUAGGAAGUAAACUGAGCAAUUAAGGGAGCCCUCGUGGAAAGGGUUAAGUGAUGGGUUAAGUUGUGAGAGUUGAAGUGUAAAGCCUUCCCUGGUGUAAGUGAGAUCAAGAUAACUGUGGAUAUGUAUGUCUAGAUCCAAAUCUCUGGGCCACAGGUUCUUUUUGCCUGGGAAGAGAGAGAAAGACAUAUCCUCAGAGAGGUGAGCUGUUUCUUGUCGGUUUCAAGUAAGAUGCAUAUAGAAGCUUUGUGCUUAGUGGGUUUCUUUGUCUUGUUUUAGUGCUGAGAAAUUAGGAAAGGAAUCACAGUGCUUAGAGGCUGUUGUCCUCACUCUUAUUUGACCUUGAUUGCCUCAUCAAGGAAGCAGUUUUUCUUGAGGAUCUCAUUCUCCCAGAAACAGAACUUUAGGGAAAAUGGCUGUGGUUUAGCUUUUAAGCUGACAGUGGGGAGGGGUAGUUUUGGGUUUUCUUCCCAGCUCUGGGAAGGAAUCCACACUAAGACUCUUAACUCCAGGAAUUGUAUAAGUAUUCUAGUAUCUGUUGGUUGAUGAGUUGUCAUUGUUUUGCUUUAUUGAUAAUGUGUUAAUACCAAUCUUUUAAAAAUUUUCUUAUAUAUAAGAGCAGUUUGGGGUUAGGAAGAGAAAGGAGCAAAGCAGAUGAAAGUGGGAUAAUUUCUCUUCAAUGCUUAGAUUCUGGUUUUUCCUUAACACACUUAUUUCUCAACCACAAUUGGUGGAAUUAACCAGAGAGACAAGAGGAAGUAAGCUGCAACAAUGUAAUUUAGUGAUUGUCCCAUUUGCUUAGAAAAAACUGGGUGAAUCACAGCUCCUCAGAAUUCUGGACCCAAAUGGAGCUGAAAAUAGGGUCAUUUUGUUGACUGGGCUUCUUAGAGAGGAUAUGACUCAAACAACCCAGCCCACACCUCCAUUUUGCCACUCAGAGCAGCUUUCCUUCUUUGCCUGGAAUGCACUUCUCUUGCUUACGUUCCUACAUAUAGAGCAAAAUGGCCAGCCCUUUGUAAGGUCCUCAGAGACCGGAGCAUUUUAGGAUUAGUAUUGGGAGAUACCCCAGGCUGUAAGAGAGUAUUGGAUUCCAGUGGGAAAACCGGACUACACCAUUUCUUUUACCCUCUCACUGUGCCUCAUUCAUUAAUGCAGAUCAGCUCUGUGUAAGCAAUGGUUCAGAACCUGUUUUAGAUCACAGACCCUUAUGAGACUCUGAUAAAAACCAGAAACUCACUUUUGAGAAAAACAGACAUUAGCAACUCACUCUGUUUUAUAUAUACACAGUUAGCAGGUUCAGAGCCCAUCCAUGGAAUCAAUAAACUGGGGUCAUGGGGAGUUACCGUGACCCAAUAUGGUCAUUUAUAUACUUGUGUCAAAAAUUACAAGGCAAAGAUCACUAAAUAUUUUAAGGACUAGAUAUGAGAGGCAGUAGGGUAUAAAGACAGAGUCUAGUCUUUAAUGACUAAAAGAGUAUUGCUGACAUUCUACUCUA